GCCAUCGUGUUGAUUGAUUUGUGCAUUGAAUUGCAAUUUUCGUAUAAUUUGUAAACGUUUUGAGCUUUAACAUAUAAUUUAAAGUUUUCCAUUGUUUUCUUUGUAAGAAGCACAAACUACAUAUUUACAUGUUGCAUGUUUCCAGUGUUGGAUAUACAUUUUAGGUACAUAUACGCAAAUAUCCAUACAUAUUUGGAAUCUUCAACACACUGAUCAACGGGUCGUUAUCGCUCUACGAAACCACAAUCAAACAAAAUAGAAAAUUUCAAUACCACUAAAAAUGGGAAUAAUUAAUACCUGUCAUCUACAUCCCGAUGUAAAUGGCCAUAUCUUUAAACUACUGAAUAAUAUAUGGGAGCUCUACGAUCAGCAAGACCUCAUAGAUGUAACGUUUAAAUUGUCUAACCCCACUGCUAUGGUUCCAGCACAUCGCUUAAUAUUAUCAGCGGCAAGUCCAUAUUUUAAAGAUUUAUUCAAAAGCGACAAGGGCUUAACUCCUGUUAUUGAAUUAAAUAACGUAGACAGUGACACCUUUGAGCGUUUAUUAACAUUUUGCUACACCGGCAAGACGCUCAUAACCAUCGACAAUGUGGAUGCAACGCUGAAGGCAGCUAUUGUUUUGAAGUUGGAUGACGCGGUGGUCGAUUGUGUUGACUAUAUUUUGGAACAUAUAACAGACUAUACACUGCAGCGGGCAUAUAGCUUAGAGCGUGAAACUCAGUGUGUACCACUGUAUGAGAAACUCUUGGAAUAUGAUAUAAAUAAUUUCAUGGAGCAAGACCACCAACAACGACUAAAAUACGCUAUUCAUUUUACACAAUUAGCCACACAAAUUGAUUUUUUAGGUAAUGUUUUGAUGUCGGAUGAAGCGCAUUUCCAAGAAAAACUGUAUUCACCCGGUAGCGAAUGGAAAUUUGUUAGCAGUAUGAUUACGCCACGAAGUGAAGCUGGUGCCGUGGCUUUGAAUGGCAAAAUUUUUGUUAUGGGAGGCUACAAUGGAAACGAUUUAAAAUCUGUUGAAUGUUACGACCCAUCUUCGAAUAUUUGGACACAGUGCGAGGAUAUGAAUGAAGCUCAUGAUUUACCUGGGUCGUUGUUGGUGGUCCUGCUAGCCAGAUACCUAUGCAUGUAUAUUUAUCAAUUACAUCAAAUAUCUAAAUACCAACCCGUUUUUAGGUAUUCACCCGGUAGUGAAUGGAAAUUUGUUAGCAGCAUGAUUACGCCACGAAGGCAAGCUGGUGCAGUGGCUUUGAAUGACAAAAUUUUUGUUAUGGGAGGCUGGAAUGGAAUCGAUUUAAAAUCUGUUGAAUGUUACGACCCAUCUUCGAAUAUUUGGACACAGUGCAAGGAUAUGAAUGAAGCUUAUGAUUUCCCUGGGGUAGCCGUACACAAUGGAUGCAUAUACGUUUUAGGUGGAUAUCCAGAAGAUAAAACAGUCGAGCGUUAUGAUCCUCAAAGUAACAAAUGGACAAAGAUGUGCUCUUUGAACGUUGGACGUAGUGGCAUGGGUUGUGUUUUUGUAGGUGAUCAACUAUGGGCUGUCGGAGGCUGGAACUCAAAGUCCGUGGCAGUUUACUAUGCCGAAUGUGAUGAAUGGGUCGAAAAGAAACCAAUACCUGAAGCUGGUGAAUACAUGUGUUAUGUUGUGCCUAAAGCUUUACUUCAAUGUGAAGUAGCCGUACACAAUGGAUGCAUAUACGUUUUAGGAGGUAUUUGGGAAAAUGAGACAGUCGAGCGUUAUGACCCUCAAAGUGACAAAUGGACAAAGAUGUGCUCUUUGAAUGUUGGACGUGGUUGCAUGGGUUGUGUUUUUGUAGGUGAUAAACUGUGGGCUGUCGGAGGUUCAAACGGACUUUAUAUAAAUAACGACAUGUCAGUUUAUAAUGCCGAAUGUGAUGAAUGGGUCGAAAAGAAACCAAUACCUGAACUAGGUGAAUACAUGUGUAAUUUUGUGCCUAAAACUUUACUUCAAUGUGAAUAAGAGAUAAGGAAAUUUACAAAGUACUUAGUUGAAGACUUACUAGAGAUCAAUGUAUUUAUUUUGCUAACGCAACUUUUAAUUUUCACCUUAUCUUGAACAUGAAUUUUAGUUUAAUGGUUUCUAUUACUUUAAAAUAUGUUUGUUUGUAAAAUGCGUUUUUUAAAUAUAUAGUAAAUAUAUCCAACAAAGUAGAAGUGAUUUUGAUGGUUCUCCGUUUUGGACUGCGACUGGAAUAUCAAAUAAAUAAUAGAUAUUCGAAAUCGUAUUAAAGGAAUCGGUUUCGUUUUCUUUUUCUAACACUACAUAUCGAUGGCUGAG